AAAUUGAUUCACUUUGGCGGUGGGGGCAGCGACAGCGGAGGGCCCAAGUGCCUUCAUAUUCAGGCUGAACGGAAUGAUCUGAAGGUGGUUGACCCUGAUGAAGUAGCUAUCCAAAUGCCCCCAGAGGAGGAGGUCACUAUUGGGAGAGGGCGAGAGGAGAGAGUGGAGAGAACCUCACCCAAAGAACUUUAUCCUAAACAGGAAAACACAUCCACAGGUGGCAGCGAUGAACCUUCUAACUACAUAUGUACCACAUGUAAGCAGCCCUUCCCCAGUGCGUGGUUCCUUUUGCAGCACGUCCAGAACAUCCAUCACAUUCGUAUCUACCUGGAAUCCAACUCAACCAGCAAUGCCCUCACCCCUUGUCCUCCCUUGGGUGAGGACUCCAUUCCGCAGUCUCCUCUAAAAUUUCUUGGAGAGAAUCACCCCUUCCAUUUGCUGACAAUGACGGGACCCCUGGUCCACGAAACACCACCAGGCUUUGGAGAAUCUUGCUUUCCCAACACACCUCUUUUCGUCCGCCCACGUCCCCAACUCCAACUUGAUACCCACCAAUUAGAGCGCCUUAAAGUAGAGCCGAUCAGCUUCACCUCCGAGAACCGUAGUGCCUUUGACAGGGUGAUUCAGCUAACACCUACGGCUAUGGAGUCCCAGUCCAUGGACUUCUCUAAGCGGCUACGUGCGUUAGCAGGGAACAGCACACCCCCACUGUCACCAAGCAGGGCAAACCAGAUGCACAGAGUACUAAACCCACUGCCCUUUCAGCCAAAACUCCCUUUUUGUAGCAGCCCCCCCUUACAACAAAUGCCACCGAUCAGUACCACCCCACCACAAGCCCAGAACAAAAUCAAAUCAUGUGAGUUCUGUGGUAAAACCUUCAAAUUCCAGAGCAAUCUUGUUGUUCAUCGGCGCAGCCACACUGGAGAAAAACCAUACAAGUGCCAGCUGUGUGACCAUGCCUGUUCUCAAGCCAGCAAGCUCAAGCGUCACAUGAAAACCCACAUACACAAAACAGGGUCACUGGUGGGGUGCUCAGAAGAUAGACUACCGAUGGAAAGCUCCCCAGAGCCAGGAACCAGUGAUGUCAGAAGGGAGGAGAUGAAGAACCAUGAAGUGGACGUCGAGAAUGAUGGGAAUGAAGUUGACGAAGAGGAGGAAGAUGAGGAUGAUCUUGAGAAUGACAGUCAAUCUGAAACAAAUUUAAGCAUCAAGUCUGAGUUCUUUAGGAACAGGGAGAAUGGUUGCAAACACCUUGCAGUAGAACACUCUGGUCUUUUCCUGGGAAAGGUGAUGGAUAGCGGUGGCAUUAACUCCACAUCAGAGCAUAACAAUUUCAUUGUUGACUAUCGUAAAAGGAUGUCCCUCACCAGGAGAAACUCUGAUGGCAGGCUGGUGAAUGGGGAUGAGAACUCAGCCGCAACAGAGAUGAACUACCAUCAGCAGAUGGAGAGUAGGAAAACCAUUAAUGGCCGGAAAUGGGGGUCGAGGGACUCUUUCUCAGGGCUGUUCACAUCCAAAGAUGCAGCCAUCACCAGCCCUUGCUUGUCAAACUCCUCAAACAAAAAAAUUAAAAUUGAGAAAGACUUGGACAUUGCCUUGCCACCGCACAUCCCAGCAGAAAAUGUUUAUUCCCAGUGGCUCGUGGGUUACGCAACCUCCCGUCAAUUCCUGGGCUUCACUGACUCCAGACAAUCCCCCUUCGCAACAUCAUCUGAACACUCUUCAGAGAAUGGUAGUCUUCGUUUUCCUACUCCCCCCAGCGACCUGCUCGAGUGUGGUUUCUCAGGGCGCAGUGGCACUGCCAGUGGAGGAAGCACACCCCAUCUGGGAGGAGGAACAGGUCGACCAAGCUCAAAGGAAAGCAGGAGGAGUGACACCUGUGAAUUCUGUGGGAAGGUGUUUAAGAACUGCAGUAACCUCACAGUCCAUAGGCGGAGUCACACCGGAGAGAGACCGUACAAGUGUGAGCUGUGCAACUAUGCCUGUGCCCAAAGCUCCAAACUCACACGUCACAUGAAGACUCACAGCCAGCUUGGCAAGGAGGUGUACCGUUGUGACAUUUGCCAAAUGCCCUUCACUGUGCUCAGCACCCUUGAGAAACACAUGAAAAAGUGGCAUGGAGAUCAUUUGUUAACCAAUGUGGUCAGAAUUGAACAAGCAGAAAGAACGUAG